GUCAAAGAUUGACUACGACGUAAUGGCUGACGGCGUUGACGUAUUCACGUUAACAAUAUCGGUGGAAGAUUCGCCCGACACUGGCAGCGCUCUGUCAACGGCAGUUUUGGUAAUAGUCACGAUCGUUCCAAAGAACGAAUUCACACCUGUGUGGGAGUCCCCAGCGUUUGUGAACGAGUCGUUCCCGCCCGUCGUUCUCCGUGAAACUGUUCUCCCUGCUACGGAAGUGACCGUGUUCUCGGCCACGGAUCGGGACAGAGGGGCCGACGGGGUAAUACAGUACACAAUCGAGAGCAUUAAGGAGCAUUUUAAAGACACCAAAGUAAAAGAUGCGAAGGACAUGUUCCUGAUGAUUUCCUCGUCUGGUGCGCUGAUGACCGCCAAGGGGCUGGACGCCGACACCGGCAUCACGCACUACGAGAUCGUCGUGGCCGCCGUCGACAGCGGCACUGUACAGCGAACUGCGAGCGGCACCAUCAUCGUCAACAUCCAGGACGAAAACGACGCAGCUUCGGGUAGUUCGAGCGACUCGGCUGAGCUGUGGGCCAUGCGGGUCCUCGUCGGCUUGUUGGCCACUGGCCUGCUUCUCGUCGCCUUGCUCCUCAUGAAAACCAUCCUCUCGGCCGCUGCAACAGUACCCAUAAGACCGCCAAUUAAGAAAGUUGUUCCCAAAGUACAGCUGGAACGGCCCGAAGCAUCCGACUCGCACUUCAAGAAAGGACAUAUUGGCUAUGAGAUUUCUGACUACGAUGACGAUUUAUAUCUGUGAGAUACUUCAGCACGACAUUAUACAAGAUGCAUCCUGACCAGACUAUCUGUUCUGUACACGCUUAUCGUUUCAUUCUUCAUUGUUAUGUCCCAUUGUCCGUCCCCCACUUCGUUGGGUGGCCAUGCAUCAUCCGAUGACACCAACAAGCAAUCACGCAACCGAUGGAUUUCAAGUUGAAAUUCUGAAAUCAUCGUUAUGUUCCUCAAGCGAUGCACAUGCACGAUCGCUUCAUUUCGAAGCGGUCUGACACCAUAUAACCGUAAAAUAAAAUGUGUUGAGUGCGUCAUUAAACAAAACAUUUCCUAUUUUUUCAUUUUGAUGCGAUUAUCGUUAAAUUGGGGACGGCUAUUAGACACAUCUAAUAUUAGAUACUGAAGUAACCCUUGUUACGAACAUAUUAGGUACAGACUCGUCAGGAGACUAUUUUAGUGGGGUGACAAAUGUGACUUCUAUUUAUCUGAAGAACAAUUACAGUAAAUCGUGUGGUCCUCAAGUGUUGGUUCCUACGAACCUGGGAUAUAGUGGCGACAUCUGCAGACGCAGUUUUCUGUAAGAAAACGAAGUUAUUUCCUAUGAUAAUAUAUCUAUAUAUCUAUAUAAUAUAUUUCUAUAUAUCUAUAUAUAUAAUUAACCUUCUUUGUG